AUGGUUAUUACUUCCUUGAUUUUGUAUUGGUUUUUCAAUCGGAGAAAGAAUCGGGAAAUUAAAGCAGAUGAUGAUGUGGUCUUGGAUGUGCCAACGGGGCCUAGAAAGUUCUCUUAUGCUGAAUUGGCUAAAUCAACUAACAACUUCGAUGAGAAACAAAAGCUAGGAGAGGGAGGAUUUGGAGGUGUUUAUAGAGGUUUCUUGAGUGAUCUCAACAUCGAUGUUGCUGUGAAAAGGAUCUCUGAAAGAUCUAAACAAGGGGUAGAAGAGUAUGCAUCGGAAGUGAAUAUCAUUAGUCGAUUGCGGCAUCGGAACCUUGUGAAACUUAUUGGUUGGUGCCACCAACAGAAAGAGCUACUUCUUGUGUAUGAGUUCAUGCCCAAUGGAAGCCUUGAUGCCCAUCUAUUUCGAAAUCGGGGUUCCUCCUUGACAUGGGAGUUGAGGUACAAGAUAGCUCUAGACUUAGCCUAUGCAAUACGUUAUUUGCAUGAAGAGUGGGAUCAAUGUGUCGUCCACAGGGAUAUUAAAUCCAGUAAUGUAAUUCUGGAUUCCAACUUCAAUGCUAAGCUUGGGGAUUUCGGUAUGGCUAGGCUUGUGGAACAUGAAAAAGAGUCCGAAACUAUCAAUUUUGUAGCUGGAACUCUGGGAUACAUGGCGCCUGAAUAUAUUAUUACUGGGAAGGCUAGCAAAGAAUCUGAUGUCUAUAGCUUUGGUGUUGUUCUUUUAGAAAUUGCUUGUGGGAGAAAGGCAGUUGAGAUGAAGGCUGAUCCAAGUGAAGAAAGUUUGGUAAACUGGGUUCGAGAGCUCUAUGGAAGAGGAAAACAUUUAGAAGCGGCUGACCCAAGCCAAGGUAUGAAUUUUGACGAACGGCAAAUAGAGUGUUUGAUGAUUGUUGGGUUAUGGUGUGCUCAUCCGGACUAUAAGCUCCGACCUUCUAUUUGGGAAGCUAUUCUUGUUCUCAAAUUUGAUGCUUCACUGCCGCCCCUCAAUUCCGUAUGUUUACAUUCCGGAUUACAUCAUCUAUCUGUUGGUUCUACAGAAUGUGAUGCAAGUCAUACCCGACGAUCGUUCAACGGCUGCACCAUUGAUUCUGCUUCAUCAUCUUCUUACUCGGCAUCACUCCUAUUGCCACGUUAA